UUCAAGCCCUUCCCUCCAUAAUGACAUUGCCAUUAUCUUAGUCUUCCUCAGGAUUCGCUGAUAUCGACUACAUACCUUACGCUGGACACGGAGUCCGAGGACAUACAUGGACUCACCACAAUUUUGACGGCAAACCUUGAUGUACUAUUUCUAUUUAUGUCUUUUACUUCCAGAGACGUACUCGACAAAGUACACCAAUUGCAAGAGAUCCAAUGCUUGGCGUUUCGUGAGAUUUUCAAGCUCUCGGUAUCUUUGGGAAAUGCUGCAUAAUCGAACAUUUCCACGACGUGAAUGUUUGGCUAACUGACACAGGCAUAUUGUGCUUUUUUCGGAUAAGAGUGGGAGGGGUGCUGAAUUUACAUACAAGAAACACCACUAUCAUUAUGGUGUUUAAACCCAUUGAUACCAUGUCUAUGGCUUUUCCCUCAACGAACCACACGAUCAGCUCUGAGCGAGGCCGCGAUGGAGAAACUCUUUCUGAUCCUUCGUCGCGAACGCAUGAGGAAUAUUUGUUCACCUCCAACAGAGAUCUUGAAAAGCUUGACAUUGCUACCGCGGAUAACUCUACCAAAAAAAAGCGAUGGACAGUAACCUUGGUGGUCAGUUUGUUCACCUUCAUUAGCCCAGUGGCAUCUUCCAUAUCAUCACCGGCAUUGCCACAGAUUUCAAGCGACUUGCACAUUCGACCUGGUUCCAUCCUUGAAAACAUGUCGCUCUCUAUAUUUGUCCUAGCUUACGCGUUGGGACCGUUGUUCUGGGGUCCGUUGUCAGAACUUUAUGGCCGACUUAUCAUUUUACAGGUUUCCAACAUAUGGUUCCUCGUAUUCAAUUCUAUUUGCCCCUUAGCAAGAACUCCAGCUCAGAUGCUAAUUUUUCGAUUUUUGGCUGGCUUUGGAGGAGCUGCGCCCCAGUCUAUCGGUGGCGGGGUGGUUGGGGAUCUAUGGUCUCCAGAAGAGCGCGGAAUGGCUAUGAGUUUGUACUCGCUUGCCCCAUUGGUAGGACCUUCCACUGGACCACUUGUAGGAGGUUGGAUCGCGCUCAGAUCUAGGUGGCAGUGGGUUUUCUGGAGCGUUAGUAUUGCAGAUGGAAUACUUCAAGUAGCUGGCUUUAUGUUCCUUCGUGAGACGUACGGUCCACAUAUACUCAGAAAAAAAGCGCAAGCUUUGCGAAAGUCCACUGGCAAAUUUUAUUGCACGGCAUUUGAGGCUUCUGGCCAACACUGGUCGACGUACAUGGCUCGUGGCAUGCUUAAACCUAUCCAGUUCCUUUUCACAGAGCCGAUCGUGCAAGUCUUUGCACUAUAUAUGGCGGUCUUGUAUGGUGUUCUAUAUCUCAGUCUUACGACUUUCGUACAAGUUUUCACUGAUCUUUACGGUGAAAACUCGGGCAUAGCCGGUGUUCAUUACCUUGCAAUCGCCUUGGGAUCUACAGUCGGAGGCCAAAUUGGUGCUAGAGUUCUCAACACCAUAUAUCGACGCCUCAAAGCUCGCAAUGGUGGAGUAGGGACACCAGAAAUGAGGUUGCCCUUGCUCAUGGUGUCGGCCACGACUUUACCUAUUGGCCUAUUGAUCUAUGGUUGGACAGCUGAAGCUCGCCUCUUCUGGCUGAUCCCUGACCUGGGAGUGUUCAUUUAUUCUAUCGGAAUAGGUGGAAACUGGACGUGUAUCCAAACUUACCUUGUCGAUAAUUAUGCACUUCACGCAGCCAGUGCCAUCUCGGGUGUUGUAUCUUUCAGAGCUUUCGCAGGAUUUGGUUUCCCACUGUUCGCUGACGAAUUGUAUGGGAAAUUAGGAUACGGCUGGGGUAAUUCCAUUCUGGCUCUUAUUUGUCUGGUAAUAGGAUGUCCGGCACCUUUCAUGUUCUAUCGAUACGGACCUCAACUUCGAGCAUGGAGCAAAUCAACCUCCGUGGAACAGUAGAAGUUCUGCAGAGAUCUUGGCUCCGCUUGUCCAGUCAUAAUCUGAUACAAUAUAGAUGAUUCAUGUGUUUGUUCCGAACUGUAAAAUAUACAUCAUUGGGCAAUGGAGCUGGAUUUUGUUGAAUAUGAACGACGAAGCCUUGCAUAUGUGGCGGAUUAUUCUACUAGUCAGACUUGAAGGGGCAAGAGGUUUGCGCGAAGUCCAAGGAAACUCAGCUGGUUGAAUUUUCGCGGUAUGAACUACAAUCCGAAAAUAGUAGCGACUCUUUCCUCAGUAACAAAUGAGUGCCUUGACUGUUC